AUGGGCGCGGCCGGGCCUCGUGCCGCCCUCCCCUCAGGCUCUGGGCACUCUGCCAUGGUGGAGGGAAGAGACACCGAGCCGGGAAUUCAAGCUUCGCGAGAGCUGGGCUCCAUUCUGGAGGGCGGGGGCGGGGCCGCUUGGCCCUUUGUCACGUGCCCGGCCCUAUUUCAGCCCAUGCUCUCCAGCAACGAGGACGAGCUGCACUGGCUGCGCUUGGCUGAGCAGGAGUAUUCUCUGCAGCACACCAGGGAGCAGGACUUUGAGAAAGGCAGAGCCCUUUGCAUCCUCACCAAGGACGACUUCCCACUCAGCUCCCUGGUUUCAGCUGACGUUCUGUAUGAGUUGCUCCAGUACAUCAAGACCCAGCGGCAAGCUGUGGCAUGUGGGCCCUUUUUAGGGGAUUGGGGCCUCCUGCAGCAGCCACCAGCCCUGGGGCUUGCCAGCUCCUUGAGCCAUGUGGAUGCCCCUGGCCUGGCCAGCUGCCCCCUUGGCAGGCAGGAGUCUCUCAGUUUCUCUCACUGUGUGGAGCUCAGCUGCAGGGCUGAGGGAGUCUCCUCCUUCCCCACGAUGCCACAGGCCCCCAUUGAUGGCAGGAUCACUGACUGCCAGCUGCUGUGGGAUUACAAGUAUCAGCUGCUCUCUGACACCUGGUAUGAGCCCUACAUCAAGUGGGAAGACAGUAAUGCCAAGAUCUUCUGAGUUGUGGAUCCAAAUGGGAUUGCCAGAUUCUGGGGAAACCACAAGAAGCAGGUGAACGUGACCUAUGAGAAGAUGUCACAUGCCUUGUGCCCCUACCAUAAUCUGAACAUCAUUAAGAAGGAACCCAGGCAGAAACUCCUGUUCAGAUUUCUGAAGACACCCAGGAAGAUCAGUCAGGACAAGGGCAACAGCAGGGAGCUUCUGGAGAGCCAGGAGCAGGACAGGGUGGACUUCAAGGAGGAGAUGCUGGAAGUCUGUCUGUGA